GAAAGAGAGAGAGAGAGAGCGAUUGCAUCUUCUCUGCGACAUGGAUCAUCAUCAAGAAUCGAAUCCUCUUAAGGAGCUUGUCUCUCUAUCUUCUUCUCCUUUCUUAUCAACCUUGAAGAUCAAGAAACCUGUAUUUCUUGGGAUCUCUCUUCUCACCAGCUUCCUUAUAUUCUCUGUCAUCGUCGUCGAUCCUUCCGGCUUCGAGCCUCAUCUCUUUUUUGGAUUCUUGUAUUCAUCACGAACCCUAACAAAGGAACGAGGAAACGAGGACGUAUGCGACUAUUCGUACGGAAGAUGGGUACGUGGACGCCGUGGUGUGGACGAAACCUUUUAUGGAGAAGAGUGUCGGUUUCUAGAUCCUGGUUUUCGUUGUCUGAAUAACGGGAGGAGAGAUUCUGGUUUUCGAGAAUGGCGAUGGCAACCACAUGGCUGCGACCUUCCACGAUUCAAUGCAAGUGAUUUUCUUGAGAGGAGUCGGAAUGGGAGGAUUGUGUUCGUCGGAGAUUCUAUCGGAAGAAACCAAUGGGAAUCUCUUCUGUGUAUGCUUUCACAAGCAGUGUCUAAUAAAUCUGAGAUAUAUGAAGUAAAUGGGAACCCUAUAAGCAAGCAUAAAGGUUUCCUUUCCAUGCGAUUUCCGAAACAGAACCUAACCGUUGAAUAUCAUAGAACACCGUUUCUGGUCGUGGUUGGUCGGCCACCUGAGAACUCACCGGCAGAUGUCAAGUUGACGGUUAGAGUCGAUGAGUUUAACUGGCAGUCCAAAAAAUGGGUCGGGUCUGAUGUUCUAGUCUUCAAUUCAGGACAUUGGUGGAACGAAGACAAGACCUUUAACGCGGGUUGCUAUUUUCAGGAGGGAGGGACAUUGAACAAGACAAUGGGAGUAAUGGAGGGGUUUGGGAAGUCUUUAAAGACAUGGAAGUCAUGGGUUUUAGAGAAGCUAGAUUCUGAGAGUAGUUAUCUCUUCUUCAGAAGCUUCUCUCCUGUACAUUACAGGAACGGGACAUGGAACUUGGGUGGUUUGUGUGAUGCAGAGACAGAGCCAGAGACUGAUACGAAGAAAAUGGAACCUGACCCUAUCCACAACAAUUAUAUUUCUCAAGUAAUCCAAGAAAUGACAUAUGAACAUAGUAAGGUUAGGUUUCUAAACAUUACGUAUCUGACUGAGUUCAGAAAGGAUGCUCAUCCUUCGCGGUAUCGAGAACCGGGAACUCCUGAAGAUGCUCCCCAAGACUGCAGUCACUGGUGCUUACCCGGUGUACCAGACACUUGGAAUGAGAUUCUCUAUGCGCAGCUAUUGGCAAUGAAUUACUGAACAAAAUGAAAAGAG